AAUACUCGGUUUGUUAUAAGUUGUUCGCAGCGGAUUUUACCUCUUUUCGUAUCAUAGAAAAACUUUUUUCCCUACACAAGCUUACGGUAAUGUCUCUCGUGAACCAUAUCCUGCGACGAGCAAUUUCACAAACUACGGCUCGUAAUUCCGCCGCUGCUUCUUCUUCAGCAGAUACAGCCCAAAAAGGUGGAGGAGGACGCAAACUAUUCAUGAUGCUUUCGUUGUUCGUUGCAUUUCCGGCCGUGGGUCUGUGUAUGGUAAACGCAUAUCUGCAGCCAGAUGACCAUGAACGUCCAGAGUUCGUGCCAUACGAACAUAUGCGCAUACGGACCAAACGUUUCCCAUGGGGCGAAGGAACCAAGAGUUUGUUCCAUAACCCACGAACCAAUGCUCUUCCUACUGGCUAUGAGGAUUAGGCCGUAUGUUCUGAUAUGGGUGCAAGGUUGCAAGACACAAACGCAGAGGGUGCACAUGGAACAAAUUGGAGAAUUUAUUAUCUGAAUCAGUAUUCAAUAA